AGUCGCCGGAGGAGGCGUGAAUCGCGCAGGAAUUGACUAAUUUGGGGUAGGGGUGCGGUGGGUGAUGGAGCAGCCCGAGGACAUGGCGUCGCUCAGCGAGUUCGACUCCUUGGCGGGCAGCAUCCCGGCCACCAAAGUGGAGAUCACCGUGUCCUGCAGGAACCUCCUGGACAAAGACAUGUUUUCGAAGUCUGACCCAUUGUGUGUCAUGUAUACUCAAGGGAUGGAGAACAAGCAGUGGCGGGAGUUUGGACGCACCGAAGUCAUCGACAACACGCUCAACCCUGACUUUGUGCGCAAGUUCAUCGUGGAUUACUUCUUUGAGGAGAAACAAAACCUCCGAUUUGAUCUAUACGACGUGGACUCUAAGAGCCCAGAUUUAUCCAAGCACGAUUUCCUGGGCCAGGCCUUCUGCACCCUCGGAGAGAUUGUGGGGUCCUCUGGGAGCCGUCUGGAGAAGCCUCUAACGUAA